GGAUCGCCCACACUCUGUUAAAUUCAAAUUUAGAACCCAAGCGACUAAUUGACCGCGAAAGUCCUACUUUCUUUAUACCAGUUACAUCACUACGCACCGGAUGAUUUAAUAACGUCAGCUGAACGGGCCAAGCAUUUCACGUAUUGUGGGACGGUAAAAAUAUCCACAGUAUUCCACGCAAAUUGGUAACCGGUGAUAGUCAAGAAUCCGCCUACAUAACAAACACAAUUGUUUCACGAAACUGAAAAAUGGCGAACCUACACACCGACCAAUAGGAGGCGUUACCCUUCGACGGCUCAAAACAACCCUAUUGGUCGUUUCGAUCUCUUUAAUUCACGUCGACCAAUGGGAGGGCCGAACGGAAGUUCAAGUCAAACCAGUUCCAUUUUAGCGAUCGUCCGACGCGCACGCGUUUCAAAUUUGGUAUUGUCGGCAUUUAAAAAUUUUCGAAUUUCGAACUGAUUUCGUGUUACAUGCCAGUGUGUUUAUCGCGGGGAUGUUUUGUGUUCGAUUUGUAGAUUCGUAACGGUUUCGUCAGUUCUGAGUUUUAAAUCGUAAAUAGGUUGUGUUUCGUCAUUGGUGGGGGUAUUAUUUUUAGCAUUUAGCUUGUUAAAGCUGUUGUUGGUGUGAUGUGAGACGGAUCUUAAUUUAGCGGUGUACAUGAGUGUGAAGGCAGCACACGUCUGCAGAAAUUAAAAUAAAAUGAAAAAGAAGAGAAAACCAAUGAUACAGUGAAAAUAAUAAAUUAUAAUAAAAUAUUAAGGAAACGCAUUUAGUCAUAAUAAUAUUUAAAAACACAAGUAUCGUGUGAACGGACCUUGGCCAGGCAGAGACUGGAAAUUAAAAAAAGAAAAAAUUUGUCUGUACAUACAACUCACUCGUAUUUAAAAACAAACUUUAGGCCAUUUUGGAAAUCGAAACACAAAUAAGUAAUCGACGUUUAAAAGGUGAUCGUUUUUGUUUAAACAUUUCUGGGACUGCCGCCUUUUUAUGUUUAUUUACCGUUUAAAGUAUUUUCGAAAAACAGUGGACGGUCAAACACUCGAUUUUUAAACGGACUGAUAUUCUCGUGAGCUUACAAAUAAGAAAAAAAGUGGUAACGCGGGAAAGUGUGUGACGUUAAACUUUGACUUUAUCUGUGGUGGAUUCCCGCCAUUAGUGUUGUGUUUUCGCUGAAAUUCGUGUGAAAUCGUGUCAAAGUGGCUGGGGACGAGCAUUUGGACAUGUUGGGGGGCCCGGAGUGGGGGCAGCGGGAGGCCAGCCCCCCCAGGGACGCUCCCCUGCCGAGCUUUGGCUUCACACAGGAGCAAGUGGCCUGCGUAUGCGAGGUGCUCCAACAAGCUGGUAACAUCGAAAGGCUCGGCCGGUUCCUAUGGUCCCUGCCGGCGUGCGAGCGACUUCACGCGCACGAAUCAGUCCUCAAGGCCAAGGCCAUGGUGGCCUUCCACAGAGGGAACUUCAAGGAGUUGUACAGGCUGCUGGAGUCACACACCUUCAGUCCACAUAACCAUCCGAAGCUGCAAAGCUUGUGGUUGAAAGCACACUAUAUGGAAGCCGAACGGUUAAGAGGCAGGCCGCUUGGAGCUGUCGGCAAAUACCGCGUGCGGCGCAAGUUCCCACUGCCCAGGACUAUUUGGGAUGGAGAGGAGACCUCCUAUUGUUUUAAAGAAAAAUCCCGGUCCGUUCUUCGAGACUGGUACCUGCACAACCCUUAUCCAUCACCACGGGAGAAAAGAGAACUAGCAGAGACCACAGGACUCACUACUGUACAGGUUUCAAAUUGGUUCAAAAAUAGAAGACAAAGGGAUAGACAAGCUGAACAUAAGGAUAGUGGCGGCACAGGUGACAAGCAACUCGACUCGUCCACCGACGACGACAGCGACGCGCCUGCGCACGCGCCGCAGCCUCACGCCCUCGCCGCGCACGCGCCGCAGCCGCUGUACCCGCUGUACGAGCACCCGCUGGCGCAUCUGCAGUACCAUCAUACGUGACCCCGAUAGGAGACCUGCACAAAUCAAUACCAAGUAUAGUUACCGGCAUGGAUCUUAAGCGCUGACCUUCACCUGCGCAGAAGUGAUUUUUUGUGUCCCUUUUGCGGUAUGAAGUGAGGCGCGGGGCGGACUCAAGUGCAGUGAUUGAGCCGCAGCGUCGCGUCAUAGCCGUCAUGAGGGAUUCGUUCUUUGAUGCAGUUGCAUGCACCUCAAGACGGAUCAAGAAUAGCGUCUUUUUUUGUCGUGAGUGCACGAUGCGCAAAGCGAUCCCCAGUCUUCCGCCGAGCGCUCAAGAUCCGAGCCGGUAACUAUACCAAGUGUCAAGUAUACAGAAAGAACUAAGUACAAUUUUGAUUUCAAAGCUCAAACAUCAUCCCAUGUUCUUUGGUAACUUUAGGAUAUGAUAAAUUGUGACCCCAUUUAUUCCCCGCUCGAAAUAACACCUCUAUUCCUCACCAAUCGUGAAACUCAUAAGACAUAAAAAUUUUGUCGGGGAUCGAACCCGCGACCCGUCGCGCACAGUAGCCUUUAACUCUACCACUCAACUAUCCGAGCCGUCAUCAACCUUUACUCCCUAUAGGCAUGGACCUCUCCUCUCGUAACUACUGGCGACGAAUCUCACUAAUUUGACUUCUCUUAAUCGUAACAGAUUGUAUACCCAGUAGCACCUAUCACAUACCCCUCUUUAGAUCCAGAAUCAUUCAUCAUAGACCUUUUCUUCGGUACCUUGAAGGGACAAAUCUCGUUAUAUUUGAGCCCACUUAGUCACAACCUUUAUACCCCAGAUGCACCUGUCCUCAUUCCGAGUCCUAUGACAGCAGUCUAUUUUUUUAAAUUUGACCCUAUUUACAUUAAAUCAAACAGUAGUAUCUACAUACAUAUUAAUAAGCAAGGACAAGUACAAUUGAAUUAUGUAAUAAACCUUUAGACCCCACUUUCCAGAUACAUUAUGCACAAAAUUUUGACCCAGCAGUGAUUUAAAUUCAACCAUUAAUUGUAAAUAUAAUGAGAUUUAGUUUACAUGACAUCUAGAUGUACAGAAUAAUACGUAUUGAUUUUCAUCUGUUUUUCCACACAUUAUCCAAGUAAUAUAAAUACUUUUAUAGUAACAUUCAUGAGAAUGAUUCAUUAUUAAAUGAUGCAACGGUUCACUCACGCGUAUUUAUCCGAAUCGCCCGACUAGUUUCGGACCCAACCGGAGGCCCUUAAUCAUGAACUGUUAGGUUUUAUCCCGAUAAAUUGGCGUGGAUAAACGGUUGCAUCAGUUAAUAUCAAUUUAAAUAGUAACAAAUUAUUGAUUAGAAAAGGACGGAACAUAAUAUGUGUUUUCUCUCUCUAUUAAUCAUAGUAUCAACUUCAAUAACCAAUUCAAUUUACUUGUACCACUACAUUUUUAAUUAAGAAUAUUACAAUUGUGGAAGAAAGAUAAUGUUAUACACGGUGUAGAGCGUUGUCUCCCUUCCACACAUGCAACUGGUUUUUUAGAAGGCGAUAUUACGCCUUUGUAAUGUUUUUUGUUGAGCGCAAAUUUCAUUAAAAACCAAGUCAUAAUAGUAAUAAUAGGUAUACUAGUUGAAUAUCACUAAUGGCAGCUAUCUCUAUUCAAGAUUUCAUCAAAUAGUGUUAAGUGGUUUAGCUAUGAAAAUUUAACAGACAGAGUUAUCUUUAGAAUUGUUAAUUUUUCGUGACUUUUAAGAUAAAAACUCUAUUUAAAAUAUAAUUGACUAGGUGUUGCUGUCAGGCCAUACCGUUACAAAUAAAAAAUGAUCCCAAGGGAACAUAAAACAGAGAUAAGACUAUCCUGCAUUAACCCAGGUUAUAAACUAUCUAUGCACCAAAUUUUUAACAUUUUCUUUUCUUAGUAGAUUAUUGCUUUCUUUGAGAAGAAAUAGGAUUUAAAAUCAUUAUUUAAAACUGAGGUUCUUAUAGCAAAUAUAAUUAAACAUAAUUCAUACAUUUAUUAUUUAAAAACAAAUACUCAGGCGAUGACGUAAUAAGCUAGUCUUAAAACUAAAAGCUAUAAAUAAAAGACGACUCAUAAUAGCUUGUUCUAUCCUAAUUAUAAUACCGAUUACAUCCCUUAUUAUAAUAAACAAACAAUUAAAAUACAAAACGAUGUGAGCAACGUUAAAAUUAUUAUAAAACUAGUAUAGUCACGCGGUGUUUCUUGCAAGAUACUUGUGCCUGAAAAAAAUUGUCUGUUUGUUCUGGCUAAUCUCCAAAACUGCUCGACCGAUUUUGAUAAAAUUAUUGUUUAGAGUUUGAAUCCGUGGUUAGUCAUUGCCAUGUCUAUCCUAAAUACAUACUUAUUAUUAAUUUUUGUUAUCAACACAAGCAAUUAUCUUGGGUCGGAAUGGAACUCAUGUCCUUGCGGUAUACCAGUCAGGGCCACGAACCAUUUGGCCAAUAGACCAGACCAUUCUUUACAAAUAAAGGUUUUUCAAAAUGAAGCGUUUUCUUGCUGAAAGUUGUUGAACUUUUCAUGCACAGUGUCUUUCUUGUAGUGGAAAUCAUAUUAAAAUUACCGAGUUUUCAGCAACAAAUAGACAAACAGACAAAAAGCUAAACUUCCUAUCUAUGCCUAACCAACAGAUAACGAUCAAAAUCUAACACAAUCUUGCAUAAAAUUAUGAAUUAAUUAACAAUUUAUCUUCUUAUUAAAUAUGUACUGAUCUUAUCUCAACAGCUUGCUAGAUAAACAUCUUUUAUCGGAAUCAUGAAAAAUCAUGUUUUGUGUUAACCUUUGGGAUCGGGUUUGACAACAUGGUACUAGUGGCAUCUCAAAAAUAUGGCCAAAGAACAGAGGAAAAAUAGGGGGAAGUGUCUAUAGACUGUCGUAGUACAACCCUCGACGUAAAAAGAGGGGUGUUGUAUGUUUGAUGAUUUUGUCUUGUUGAUUUUGUUUCUGCUAUGGAUUCCGACCUUAAAUGUGAAAUGUAUAACACCAAACCUAAUUCGAGUAAGAAUCCAGUGUGCAGAAUCGAACGUAGUUCCAACUCCUGCCACUGCACAAAUUGGCGCUAGCGUCGAUUCCUACGUAUAAACUUGAUCGCAAAGAUUUAGUAACCAGUGUACGAUUUUUGGAACUAGUGCCGCCAAAAUUAUUUGCUGUCAGAAUCUCGUCUCGUAUUUUAACAAAAACUUUUGACAAGCAAACGCGAAGUCAGAAACAAAAACAUCACUUUAAGUAGGUAACUGGCAUCAAGUAUGUAAAGUUCUUCAAGGUUGAUCAUCACCUCCUAAUUGUGACUUUCAAGGGUAUUCUGAGUGCCACUUCCAUUAAUUUUGAUUCUCUACGGAUAUUACAUAUUAAUUAAAAAGGUUAAUAGAAACAGAUUUUUUUAGCGAUAACUUUUAUGACUAGAUUUUUUUCUAGAUUUUAAUGCUGAUUUUCACACGGUCUUUGAGAUGAUUAAAAUUUUAUUCACUAAUGAAUGAUCGUAUGAAAUUUAAUACGUUUAUCUGAAACGUUUUUAUUUUAAAAGGCUUUAGGAAGUUAUAUCAAAAGUGUUCUAUUAAAGGUGUGUUUCCAAUGGCGCGAAACUUGGCAGAAUCGUGCGGAGCGGGUCGCCAAUUGGACAAUCCAAUCCAAAGUUCGAUAUUGUAUUGGAGAAUGCACUUUGUGUAAGUCGAAUCAGUGUGUGAAAGAUCUCGAUCACACUUACGGGCGAAUUCGCAGUCCGCUCCGCUCCACUCCCCGUAAUUCUACGACACUAGGAACGUUCCUUUAUAGGAUAUUUAAAAAAGCUCACUUCAAUAUGUAUUUUUGCAUCAAAGAAAACUUAAGUUUUAUAUUCAUAUCAAUUUUUACAACUAAUUUGUUCUAAUAUUAAAAAAGGCGAAAUUAACUCUGUCUUAUACCUUUUCUCUUCUAAACCGCUACACCGAUUAUGAUGAAACCUUCGUAUGGAGUAAACUAGUCAUAUGAAAUUAAUUACCCUCUUUCAUACAAUAACCAAUAUACAUAUACAGUGUUAAAUAGCAUUACAAUAGCGUUAUUUAUUAAAUAGGAGACAUUUCGACAGUGACAGAAUGACAGGUCGAAGUCACGUGACUUGUCACCUCCAUACAAUUUGAGUGUUUUGUUAUUACGCCAAUGAUGGACGCAACAUUUAAGUUAUAAGCAUUUAUGUAAAGUUUUCAUUUAAUCAUGUAAUAUAUUAAACUAAUUGUUUGUGUAUAAUUAUAGUGUCAGUUAAAACUACGAUGAUUACAGUGAGCACGCUAAUGUUACCAGUUAUAGUUAUUUAUCAGUUAUAUACAAAUUUAUCGAAAUCGGUACAGCAGUUUUCACAUUUUAGUGUAACAGAUGAGUUUACAUUUUUUAUUUAUUGAUUAGCUUAGACACGAGUGUGCUCACUCUAAUAUUCUUUAUAAAAUUGUAUACAUAUCACAAUUCAAUAAUUUUUGUGUAAAUUAAUUUUAAUUUUAUCGUUUUGUAUAAAUAAUAUCUAAGUCAUAUUUUUUUUUGUAAUUAUUUUGUGAUUAAAACUCGUGGCUUCCUAUAGCGAUCUUAUUUAAGACAUAUUUAUAAUAUUUGUAAUUUUUAUGUAAAUUGUAUAGUAAGUU